AUGGCUCCAAUCGAUCCCAGCACUCUGUCCUGCAACUGGAAGAUACUGCAACAGCGACUCAAGCCUUCAACGCCCGCGACACCUCCGAAGAACAAGAAGUUCGAGGACGAGAAGCAGUCUUCGCUCAAGCGCAAGAGACCUCAGCACGCCAAUGGGAAGCACGGAGAUGCAUCACCAAAAGUUGUAAACGGCUCCCAGAAGAACACACCGCGAAAACCUCUGCCCUCGAGAAAGCGACAGAAGAUGGAGGAGCCCGCGUCUGUCGGCGCUUCAGCCAAGCAGCAUAACGCCAAAACCCUCUCCAAAAGCAUCUCGAUGCCCUCUCUCAAGAAGACACCCCUUCUGAGCGACCCGAAGGAUGCCGCGGCAGCGGUGUCCAUCCUCGAACCACACCCCGACUUUCCCGAUAUAGAAAACGAGGGCGUAUCAGAGGUAGCGCUGCCCGGGAAAUAUGUCGCAUUAGAUUGUGAGAUGGUGGGAGUUGGCCCAGAGCCCAACCGUGACUCUGCGCUGGCAAGAGUGUCGCUAGUCAACUUUCAUGGUCAUCAGGUCUACGAUUCCUACGUUCAGGUACCCCGAGGAAUCGAAGUUACCGACUAUCGAACCGCUGUCUCCGGCAUCGAGCCUAGACAUCUCCGCAAAGACGUCGCGCGACCCUUCGACGAAGUACGAAACGACCUCAAGAUCCUCCUCACCGGGCGCAUACUCGUCGGUCACGCGGUGAAGAACGAUCUCGACGUGCUCAUCUUGAAGCACGACAAGCGCUUCAUUCGCGACACAUCCAAGUUCUCGAAGUUUAGAGAGUUGGCCAUAAUACCGGGGCGCACCCCAGGCUUGAAGCUAUUGGCAGACAAACUACUGGGUGUAGAGAUUCAAGUCGGUGCUCAUAGCUCGGUUGAGGAUGCUAGGGCUACCAUGGCGCUGUUCAGGUUGGAAAAAGACAGCUUCGAGCACGAGAUCCGGCAGAAGUAUGGUAACAUCCGCCUCGACGCAGCUGGGCCAGAAGUCGACGUCGGCGGUGGUGAAGAAAUGAAGAAGAAGAGCCGGAAUAGGAAGAAGAAAAAGAAGAGGAACUAG